UCUGCAAGAAGAUCCGAUUUAUACGGACGAAGAAGAUGAACGAUGGGAUGUAUUGGAAUAUAACAACUUCUAUUGUGAUCUGUGUGAUGAGAUAAUCAAGAGGGAUCUGAUAGAACGCUUUAAAAUACGUUUAUACGACCAUACAGAUAAGACCACGCCUACUGAUGACAUACAGCUGGAACAAGAAACACAAAUUUUACUACAACAUAUGGCAUUUACAACAACUACUGCAGAAAUGCAAAGCAGACGACUUGUUCGAGAGAUGUCAGAAAUUUGCAACGAAACAUCUGAAAUCAAUGCAACUUUAUUAUUUUACGCGUACCACAGCAGAUAACAACAGAGAAAUUUUAGAAAUUCAUACCUCAUGCUGUUUAGAGAGAAAAAACGUUAGAAGUAAAAUGGAGAGGAUACGAGAAAAGCUAGAAAAUCUUCUAGGAUAUGAUCGUGAUGAAAUUCGACUGAUUGGUAUAGAGCCUGGGUGUCUUACAUUCGUUUUUUCUUUGCCUGAAGUGACUACCGAAAAUCUUACAGACCUCUAUAAGUCAGGAAUAUGGAGCAUUAACGUCUUUAAGAUUGAAACGGCAUGUUUUAUCAUAGAGCCAGACAGCGGAUUACAGAGGAAAACUUCAGGGACCCCUAUUAAGCUUCAGAAUCUAACAAAGGAAAAGAAAACGAGUAACGAAAGAACACGCCAACUGAUGCAAGGGAAUAAAGGUACUGGUUCAUGGGUAGCAGAAUCAAAUAUUCAAAGACGGGUCCUAAUCUUCCUCUUUUGUAAAGAUGUACGCUCAUCCUCAAUCCUCAAGCACAAUGUUCAUAUAUGUAUCCAGGUCCUUGUACAGAACAUGUAUAGGAGCUUACGACGGUUGGGAUCAAGUGGUCAAGUGUAUGAAAAACAAGCAACAAUGGAGAUGAUACGGCAAAAACCAAGAGUCUCUCGAAAGAAAGCACAGAAAGGUGUAAAGUAUCAUGGGUUUCUACACAGUAAAGUGUUGGAGGAAAUGGAGCCGAAUGUUUUCUUGGGAAUUUUAAAAACACAAUAUCCCAUGUAUUAUGAAGACUUUGAAAAGGCUGCCCGUCGUGGAAACUGUCGCAAAGAAAGAGCAGAAAAUAUUGUCAACCAUUUGGAAGGAAUGAAAGGAAAACAAUUCAAAGAUUUACAGAAUAGCAUCAUCGAAACUUUCAACUCGGAGAAACGAAACACCGAUGAUGCUUUAAGGAUAGAGAAAGUAAAACGCAAGAUAUCUUCCCAAUGGAAAGAUUUGGUGGAUGAAAUUGAUUCUACCGUCAUCAACGAUACAAUGGAAAAGCUGGGCCUUUCAAAAGAACUGUUCAAUGCAAGCUCUGGAAAGACAAGGAGAGAUAGAGUUACUGCAUUCUUAGAAUUUGUUCUUGGAAAUGAAAACUAUUUACUUUCAUUUGACGGAAUUCUUCACAAGCAUGAAUUGUGCAAUCAAUGACAAUCAAGGAUGGGUUAAAAAAUAAUCUGCGACUUAUAAAACACGACAAGUGAAACCCUGUAUUUCAUUGUAUAUGAGAUGUGUGCAUGAAACAGGGACAGUAAAUGUGCUCCCUUAAAAUUUAUCUUCUCUACAUUAUGCAUCGUACUCUCACAUACAGGGGAUGCUUUACCCCUCCUAGACACCUGAUCCCACCUCUGGUAUAUCCAGGGAUCCGUGUUUGUACAACUAUCUUUUGUGUUUGUACAACUAUCUAUUUUGUAGUCUUUUUAGGAGUUAUGAGAUUGAUCACUCUUCGUUAUCUUCAUCUUUCAUUGUAAAAACCACAUAGUAACUCCAUACUCGCAGUUUUAUUUUAUACAAGUUUAUCAAAAUGUGUAUCUAUUUCCAUUCAUUAGAGUUAAGACUGUGAAAUACAUAGGUCAUCAUACUUUUUAAGAUGUGAGACGCACAUAAACAGAAUCAUAUAUUACCGUCGGAAAAUUGCAAUUUUCCUUAAAUAACGUUAUAUCAAAAUUUCAUACAAACUGGUCAUGACGAUAUAGUAGCAUUCAUAACAAUUUCAUAAAACUGUGUCUUGACAAAAAAAAAUACAAAAUGUCUUUUAAAAAUAAAGUAAAUCAUCGCAUAAUAGACUUGAUAAAGAAAUUAAUAGAAACAGAGUUAAUUCCCUUGGAUUCAAUAUUUUGAAACGUAUCAUUGAUUAUUCAUGUAUAACUAGACUUUUGAAAUAUUUUAUUUUUAAGAAGAUUUUUUACAAUAACUAUAGGAAAAGACUCCGACAAAAGUUAUGUUUCUAUCAUGCAUAAAUCUAAAUAAUUCAUUGAUUUUGCAAAAUCUGAUGACAUUACAGGAGGGUGGAAUUACUUUAAAUUAAUAAGAUUUAUUUAAUUCAAAUUUUUUUUUUUUUUUUUGUUAUUUCAAAAGUUCAUAUCCGUGUUUCCUCACAUCAUGAAGCAUGUUAUUCUAUUGUUUUAUAUUAAAUCGAUUUCAUAUGCAGUAGUUUAAAGCUGACAUGAAUUAAUAAAUAUAGUAUAAUUCUA